CACUCCUCAUCCUUCAACUGCAGAGAGAGAAUCACCAACAAACUCACAAAAGCAGAGAUUUUGGAAGGGUUUAGAGAGAGAGAUGAAGAUACAGUGCAACGUCUGCGAGGCAGCGGAGGCGAACGUCCUCUGCUGCGCCGAUGAGGCGGCUCUCUGCAGGCCGUGCGACGAGAAGGUUCACAAAGCGAACAAGCUCGCGAGCAAGCACCAGAGGGUUCCUUUGUCCUCCUCCCACAUGCCCAAAUGCGAUAUCUGCCAGGAGGCAGUUGGGUACUUUUUCUGCUUAGAAGAUCGAGCUUUGCUCUGUAGAAAAUGUGAUGUUGCCGUUCACACGGCUAAUAGCUUCGUGUCAGCUCACCGGAGGUUUUUGCUUACCGGAAUCAAGGUUGGGCCUGAGCCGGCUCAGCCGGAUUUCGGCGACGGUGAUGGGGUUGGUGUUGGUGUUGGUGUUGGUGCUGAUGCGUCUUCUUCUACUAUGAAGUCACGUCCUGGGUCUGGUUCUGGCUCAGUGUCUAGAUGUGAAACGCAGGACUCGUUGCCGGUGGAGUGCAAGGCGGCGCUGCCCGGAGUUGCCGGGGGGAUGUCGUUUACUGGGGGUUCUGCAGCUGGGACUGUUCCACAGUGUUAUAUAGAUGAGUUUCUUGGACUCUCUGAUCUUGAUCAGAGCUUUGGCUACAUUGAUAAUGGAUCUUCAAAGGCUGACUGCGGUAAACUUGGGGAAUAUGGCUCACCAGUUUUAAGAUCAUCUGAGGAGGAACUGGACGAUUAUGAGUGCAUAGGUGAGGUGCCGGAGGCCUCAUGGAUGGUGCCACAGAUACCUUCCCCACCUACAGCAUCAGGACUAUACUGGCCAAAAAGUCUUCAGAAUCCGUCUGAUUCUUCUACAAUGUUUGUUCCAGACAUCUGCCACUCACAAAUGGAAAACCCUUUUUGUUCCCAACAUAAUGGUACUGUCUCAAAACAUCGUAGGCAGUUCUAGUCCCUGCUACAAAAAUUACCGUACGCUGGGUUUGUUUGUUGUGCUUAUAAUAUAGUAUCUGUUGUACCGUUCUUUCUCCUCUAGGGUAGAAUAAGUGUUUGCAAACAUCAAUCUGCGAUAAUACAAAUAUGUAUGACUUGUAUCUGGUUACUGCAUAUAUAUUCGAUUUGAUUUUUACCCAUUUAGAUUUA